GCCGCGCGCUGUGUGAGGGGAGCCCCCCUCCGAUCUCCCCAAAUUUCCGCCCCCCCCCCCCCAAAAUUUGGGGACCCCCUCGAUCCCCCCGACCAUGGAGGAGGUGGACAAGAUCCUGAUCCACUCCCUGCGGCAGGCGGGGACGGCGGUGCCCCCCGAGGUGCAGAGCGUGCGGGACCUGAGCCCGGAGCUGGUGGUGGAGGCGGCCGUGCGCUGCCUCCGCGCCGUUCGCCCCUCGCUCGGCGCCCCCCUGAGCCCCCUGCUGCCCCCCGGCAUCUCCGCCCGCUUCCGCCUCGCCUCCGAGCUGGCCGCAGCCUGCCAGGAGCUGGGAUUUGGGGGUGACGUGGGCUACCAGACCUUCCUGUACAGCUCCGAGCACGACACGCGGCGCCUCCUCCUCUUCCUCGUGGAGAAACUGCCCCGGGAUGAGGGCGAGCGUGGGGCCGAGCCCCCCGGUAAAUCGGGGGCGCUGCUCCGAGCCGUGGGCGCGCGGAUCCGGGAGCACCUGGGGACCCCCUGGGUGCCCCCCCCGUGCCGCACCCCAAAACUGCAGCGGCUGCAGGGCACCAGUCACCUGCGGCCUUUCGCUACCUGUGCCCUGGUCCUGCCCCAGAGUGGGGGAGCCCCAGAACUGCAGGAAUAUUUUGGGGCUGUGGCCCCCCCGGUGCCAGCCCAGCCCCCCCGUUCCUCGCAGACCCCCCCGGCCCUGCUGGAGACCCUCACGGCCCAGCUGAGCGCCCCCCACCACUGGGAGGCCGAGGGGGGGGGAACCCGCCUGCCCCCCCAG